AUGGAGGUGCAAUCCGUGCAUUUACCUAGCAGUGAUGCCUGCUCGCCUGGAUUAGCCGAAACAGAAUAUUUGGAUAGUCAUUGCGAGAAUUUAAAAGCAUGGAGACGUUGUACAUACUAUGGUACGACAUUUUUACUUGCUCUAGAAGAACUAAAUAUAUUCAUUGUAUAUGGUAAAUAUUACCUGCCCACCUGUGCAUGA